AUGUGUGAAUUUACUAAUGCAUAUUUUGCAACUUACAAGCCAGACCUUGUGUGGGAGCGGAAGGCACAACAUUUGAAAAGGAAACAUUUUUGGGCUGCAGGGGUGAAUGACUUAUUUGCCAUAAAUCAGCACGAUAAAUGGUUAAUAUUCGGUCUUGCACUGCAUACCGGGAUUGAGCCAUUCUCAGGGUGCAUCGUGUGGAUCUGUGUCUGGCAUUCUAACAGGAAUCCACAGCUUAUCCUCAGUUACUACUUAGACACCAUUCAGGCUCUUGAUAUGCCUAUGGUGAUGCAAAGCGAUCCUGGUAGUGAGAAUUAUGGUAUUGCGAAUGGGCACACUCCAACAUUAUGUUUCACUCCUGGCUUCAAAUCAAUACUGGACCGAGGAGUCAAUGAAGAUUGGUAUGACAGUAGCAAUACUCUCCAAGUAAUGAUAUUCCAUUGGGUCUUCAUUCCUUGGCUACAACACGAACUCGAUGCAUACCGGGACCGCGUGAACAAUACAGCAAAGAGGCUUGAUCGCAACAAGGUACUCCCUCAUGGUGUCCCCAAUCUCAUUUAUGACUCACCUGAAGAUUUCGGGGCCUUGGACUUCAAGAUCACUGUAGAACGAGCUGCUAUUGAUCACAUUCGGGGAGUCUACAUUAAUUCAAGCCACCCUGUCUUUGACCUCGUGCCGCCCAACCUGGGCAAUUAUAUUCAAAUGUGCUACGAACAAAUGGGCUGUCCUACUGUGUAUCACGAUUUGCUCAAUAAGCUCCAGCACAGCGACAACUCAGCAUUGCUUGAUUCUAUCAUUGUCGAUACAGCGGCAGAGCUUGAUCUUCAAGCAAUAGCAAAGUUAUAAACUAUGUAGGUGGAAAAUUACUUGUAUCGAAGAU